AUGGAGGUGAUGAAGGUGUGCAGUAUGGUAUUAGCAAUGAUAAUGGUUUUAUUACUACAAGGGAUUUGGUGCUCUGAUGAUUGUUGGGAGACUGAAAAAAUUGCUCUCUUGCAACUUCAGUCUCAUUUUAAUUAUUCUCUUCAAGACGAUUUUUACUAUGGUCCACUUUCAUUCCUUUAUGAUUAUUCUACAUUUUCUCCGGAAAUUGAUGUUAUCAAGUGCUGUAAUUGGAGAAGAGUGAGGUGCAGUGCCACCACAGGACGUAUUACCCAACUCAAUCUUGAGGGUAUAAGAUAUUUUUCUGCAAAAAUGUGGUAUCUAAAUGCCUCUUUGUUUCUUCCUUUCCAAUACCUCAACCAUAUAAACUUAAACCAUAAUCAUAUUGCAGGUUGUCUUAAGAAUGAAGGUUUUCAAAGAUUAUCGUCACUUGAGAAUUUGGAGUUUCUUAAUUUAGGUUAUAAUAACUUCAACACUGAUAUUUUAUCAUCUCUAACUCAUCUCUUAUCUUUGAAAUAUUUAUAUCUAGAUGAAUUGAACAGGUUGACAAAUUUAAAAAAUUUGAGCAUAUGGAACAACGAAAUUGAAGGUUUUAAGUCUUUUAAUGGUGAUGAAGAAUUAUUAAAUAUGAGCAAUUUACAACUUCUAGACAUGAGUGAAAAUUACAUUGAAAGUGACGUUUUAUCAUCUCUUAGAGGUCUCUCAUCUCUUAAAAUUCUACGAAUAUAUCAUAAUCAAUUGAAAGGACCUUUUGAUUUAAAAGGCUCUAAUCUCACCAAUUUAAAAGAGUUAUAUCUAGAUGACUCUUUUGUGGAUGGAAACUUCUUCCAAAGUCUUGAAGCACUUUCUUCCCUUGAAACAUUAUCAAUGCGGUACUAUGGACUUAGUGGCAUCUUACCUGUGAACCUAGGUAUUUGCAAAUUGAAGCAUCUCCAAAUGUUAGACAUUAGCUACAAUAAUUUCAGUGGUAACUUACCUUUGUGUCUAGCAAAUUUGACUUCUCUUCGACAAUUAGACCUCUCUUUCAAUCACUUCAUUGGAAACAUCUCUUUAUCUCCAUUUAGAGGUUUAACAAAUCUUGAAGAUCUAUCAGUUUCAAAUAAUUUUUUUCAAAUCCCAAUCUCAUUAAAGAUAGGAACAUAUCUGCCAAAAUUGUCAUAUCUAAAAAUGUCGGGAAAUGGUUUCAGUGGUAGUAUUCCUUCUUCACUUGGAAAUAUGAGCUUGUUGGAAUAUUUAGACUUAUCCAACAAUAGAUUCAUUCCACAUAGCUUGUCUAACAACUCUUUUAUAGAAGUUUUGGAUCUUAGUCAUAACAACUUAUAUGGUAGGAUCCCAAGGUGGCUGGGGAACAUGCACUUUCUUCGCGUUUUGGAUCUUUCAAUGAAUAAUAUCUCAGGAAGUCUACCAUCUAACUUUUGCCCUUCAAAUAUACAAGAGAUUUAUUUGUCUAGAAAUGGGCUACAAGGGUCAUUGGAGGAUGCAUUUUAUGGUUCCUCUGAGUUAAUUGUGUUAGAUAUGGGCCAUAAUCAUAUGACUGGAAGCAUUCCAUCAUGGAUUGGAAAU